UUAAAAGUUCACCAGAAUCUCAAUCAUCAAAUAUACCAAUUAAACCACAUAAUUAUAAAAAAGAUUGUCUACUUUCUGUUGACAAUGCAAGCCUUGAACCAUUUUCACCAAGAACACAAUCCAUGAUUGAUGAACUAGAACAACAUGUUGAUGAGCUUGCUAACUCUAAUGAUCAAAUCUCCAUAAUUGAUUCACCGCGUGAAGUCUUGACUAAAUCAGAUGUCAUAUUAGAAUCUAAUUCAAUACCGUUAAAUAUUAAUAUUCAAAAAGAUGAUAUCUGGCAAUAUUUUAACUCAGUAAACCAGAAUUUCAAUACCAAAAAAUCAAUUCGUCUUAUGAUCGGACUAACAACUUACCAUACUAAACCAAGUACAUCUCUUGAAGAUCAAUUGAAAAAGUCGUUUCUUUUUCCUUUUAAUUAUCAUUCAUUGAUUUUUGACACAAUGAAAUUGGUUAUUUAUGAAUACGGCUCUUUCUUGAAUAAAAAAAGAAAAUAUGGACGUGUUAUUGUUCGAUUGAAUGCUUUAAAACAGACUAUAAUUAAUCAUGGGGAAUUUGAAAAAAUUUUCCCUAUAGAAGCUAAUUUACACGAAAUUGGUGCUGUACAAGUCAACAUAAAAUUACAUUUUCCUAAUGACCCACCUUUUUCACCCCAAACAUUAUCUUCCUCAAUUCAAUCACCUUUGAUUCAAAACACUCGUGAUUAUUUCGAUGACAGCAUUGAGACACAAUCUGAUGCAAUAUCUCUUGGUAUACUUG